GGGCGGGGGAGCGGCAGGAGGCGGCGGCGGCGGCAGCAGCAGCAGCAGCCCGGGGACAGCGGGUGGCCGCUGCCCGCCCGCCGCGCCGCGAGUUGGAAGAAUCCAAGGAUUUCAAGCUUGGAAUGACGGGCAUCUUACAAGAUCUCUACAGCUAAGCUGAAAAGGCAGAUGCAGCUCUUUGUAUCAGAUUGAGUGAACUUGUGUGUGUACUGUGUGUACAUGAAUAUACACACAUUUCUGUCAUCACAAAGACUUACUCUUGUAUAUUUCUGAGAGCUUUGCAAUUGAUGAAAAUUAAUUUAAGAACCAGAUGGAGCACCUUCACAGCGCAGGAAUCAGUAAGUCAUGGAAGGACACCUGCCACUAGUGUUCAACUUUCCACAUGGUAUUCACGGGUGAAAAAGGUGUGCAAGAAGAGGAAGAAAAAACACCCUCUACACAGAAAAAAACUAAUAAAUACCUCCCCAGUCUAAAUCAGUAACUAUAAGGGAAACGAGAGAAGACAGACCGACAGACAGACUUUGUUAUUGCAGAGGAAUAAUGAAUGAUCUUUGGCACAUUUUCCAUUGGGCUCAAUAGAUUGUGACUGAACUAAUAAACCGUAACCAUAUGUUGAGUAGUGAUGACUGGAAGUAAGUAAGUUCAGGAACUAUGGGACAAGUCUGGGCAUUGAACUGAACAAACCUCGUCAUUCUUCUCGAGUUAGCCAGGUCAUCAAACUUGCAUAUUCUUUCUCCCUCUCCUUUUUCUUCUUUUCACUUACUGUGGUAUAAAUACUAAUUAAUUGAGCUCAUAAAUGUUAUUCAAAUAAAACGAUUGGAAUACUUCAUAUGUUUCCUUCUUGUACAGCUGCAAAUGUUGUGUCUGGAACUAUGAAUCUGUGCUGUAGACAAGCAUCAAGAAGGAAAGAUCCACUCAAACAAGCAAGGAAAAUAUCUAGAGAAAUAGUGAAACCUGGAAGUCAGAUUUUUAAUGCUGCUUCUCUUUCUUUUUUAAAUGAUUAUAUUUCUUCCUUACGUGAAUUUUAGAAGAUUCAGAAAGAUUGCUUACUUGAUGUGCUUUAAUUCUGGCAUUUGUUUUUACAGUAAGAUGAAAAAUCUGUGAUUCUUUGUAGCAGGAAAAAAAAAGGGAAAAGUAAAAGAAAACCAUCUUGUCAUUUAGCCUGUUUUGGAAGAGACAGAACUUCAUGGUUCACCUGAGGCAAACUUACCAGCUUUAAAAGCUAAAAGCUUUAGAGCAUUUUUGAUUCUGCUAAAUGAAGAGGGGGUUUCUUUUUCAUUUGUGUAUGGCAGCAAAAAGUGGGAAAGCAGGCAAGAUAGCGUGAUAAACAGUUCAGGCUGUGUUGGGUCUCUGGUGGAAAAAAAGUGCUGCAAUGAAAAUUGGAUUGGCUUUGGAUUGCAAAAGCUGUUGAGUCCAACGAGUGGUUCAGUACCAAGAGGCCAUCUGGUCUGGCACACCAGUGCCUGCACAAGUUCGGGUCUGUUUCGCACGGUUUGUGUGCCUUUUUUUUCCCUUUAUGCAAUCUCUUUCAGCUUUAGCAGCAGAAAUACAUCGAAUGGAAAAGAUAUGCCAGAGGGCGGCUUGGAAAAGAUGAAUGUCAUAUAUAUACAUAUAUAUGUAUGUGCGUGUGUAUAAAUUUCUGCAACUGAACUUUUGAAGAAAAUCUGACUGGAGGAAAUUUUAAAAGCCUUAAGUUACUUGAAACCUACACAUUUGCAACUCUUUGUCUCUGGAAUUGCAUUACGCUAAACUGGAAUCUCAGGCUGUAUAAAGAUUAUAUCAAGUUGAGCAAAAAGAUGACUUAACUAUUUCUUGAGCGCCUCUUAUGAAGUAGCUGUUUCUCCAAAGGAUAAGUGCACCCUCAUUCUAUGGACUCAAAAACAAAAAUGAACCUGAAUUUUUUUUUUGAAGUGUUACUUUUUCUUAGCCAACUGCCAUCAUCUUUUAUAGAGGAAUUUUUCACUAUGCAUUUGGUGGAUAUUUAUAAACACUGACCCCAUCCUCCUCCCUUUCAAUGAUCUAUCCCAGGUCAGUCUUAUCAAUAAAAAAAAAAAUUGAUUUAAAUUUUGUGCACUAGACAUAUUACUUUCUUAUGUCAAAAAAUAAAAUACUUAAAAAGCAUGUAUGCAGCAGUGGAACAUGGGCCUGUUCUUUGCAGCGAUUCCAACAUACUCUGCCUCUCCUGGAAAGGGAGAGUCCCCAAAAGCGAGAAGGAGAAACCGGUGUGCAGGAGGCGAUACUAUGAGGAAGGCUGGUUGGCAACAGGCAACGGCAGAGGAGUUGUAGGCGUCACUUUUACUUCCAGCCAUUGCAGGAGAGACCGGAACACCCCUCAGAGAAUCAACUUCAAUUUGAGGGGCCACAACAGUGAGGUUGUGCUGGUGAGAUGGAAUGAACCAUUUCAGAAACUAGCAACCUGUGAUGCAGAUGGAGGAAUAUUUGUUUGGAUACAAUAUGAAGGCAGAUGGUCUGUGGAGCUUGUAAACGAUCGUGGAGCACAGGUGAGCGACUUUACGUGGAGCCAUGAUGGGACUCAAGCACUUAUCUCCUAUAGAGAUGGAUUUGUGCUGGUUGGUUCAGUUAGUGGACAAAGACACUGGUCUUCAGAAAUAAACCUGGAGAGUCAGAUCACCUGUGGUAUAUGGACUCCAGAUGACCAACAGGUACUGUUUGGCACUGCUGAUGGUCAGGUUAUUGUCAUGGACUGCCAUGGCCGAAUGCUGGCCCACGUUCUCCUUCACGAGUCAGAUGGUAUCCUCAGCAUGUCUUGGAACUACCCCAGCUUCCUGGUGGAGGACAGCAGUGAGAGCGACACAGACUCCGAUGACUAUUCACCUCCGCAAGAUGGACCAGCUGCAUAUCCAGUCCCGGUGCAGAAUACCAAACCACUACUUACUGUCAGCUUCACGUCAGGAGACAUUAGUUUAAUGAACAAUUAUGAUGACUUAUCUCCUACUAUCAUCCGCUCAGGGUUGAAAGAUGUGGUGGUACAGUGGUGUACACAGGGAGAUUUACUUGCGGUAGCAGGCAUGGAAAGGCAAAGUCAGCUAGCUGAUCUUGGCAACAGUUCCAUGUUGAAAAGUGCACUUGUCAAGUUCUACAACGUGCGGGGGGAACAUAUCUACACUCUGGAGACACCUGUUCAGCGUCCUAUCAUCUCAAUCUGUUGGGGUCACAGGGACUCACGCCUGCUGAUGGCUUCUGGACCUGCACUGUAUGUUGUCAGAGUAGAGCACAGGGUCUCCAGUCUGCAGCUUCUGUGCCAGCAGACUAUCGCUAGCUGUCUGCGGGAUGACAAGGAUAUCAGCAAACUGACCCUGCCUCCUCGGCUGUGCUCAUACCUCACCACUGCCUUUAUACCAACAAUCAAGCCUCCUAUCCCAGACCCAAACAAUAUGAGAGAUUUUGUCAGCUACCCAACAGCUGGCAACGAACGGCUUCACUGCACUAUGAAGCGGACGGAGGAUGAUCCGGAGGUCGGCGGUCCAUGUUAUACGCUGUACUUGGAAUACCUUGGGGGGUUGGUGCCUAUCCUGAAAGGACGUCGUAUCAGCAAGUUGCGGCCAGAGUUUGUCAUUAUGGAUCCUAAAACAGAUGGAAAAGCAGAUGAAAUCUAUGGAAACAGCUUGAUUUCCACUGUGAUUGACAGCUGCAACUGCUCUGACUCCAGCGAUAUCGAACUGAGUGAUGACUGGGCAGCAAAGAAAUCUCCCAAAAUCAGCCGAGCUAGCAAAUCACCAAAACUCCCCAGAAUCAAUAUAGAAGCUCGCAAAUCUCCAAAGAUGUCACGAGCUGCACAGGAGAUAUCAAGAUCUCCAAGGUUACCAAUAAGGAAACCUUCUAUUGGUUCACCAAGCCUAACCCGAAGAGAGUUUCCUUUAGAAGAUAUUACUCAGCAAAACUACCUUGCUCAGGUCACUUCUAACAUCUGGGGAACCAAAUUUAAAAUUGUGGGUUUGGCUGCUUUCCUACCAACUAACCUUGGUGCAGUAAUAUAUAAAACCAGUUUGCUGCAUCUUCAGCCCAGGCAGAUGACAAUAUAUCUCCCAGAAGUGCGGAAGAUUUCAAUGGACUACAUUAACUUACCUGUCUUUAAUCCAAAUGUUUUCAGUGAAGAUGAAGAUGAUUUACCAGUGCCCGGCGCGCCCGGCGUCCCCGAGAGCAGCCCGCCGUGCACGGUGAACAUCCCCAUCGCCCCCAUCCACAGCUCGGCCCAGGCCAUGUCCCCCACGCAGAGCAUCGGCCUGGUCCAGUCGCUGCUGGCCAAUCAGAACGUGCAGCUGGACGUGCUGGCCAAUCCGCCGGCGGAGGUGGGGGGCGAGGGGGCGGGGCCCUUCGCCGCCCCCGCGCCCGGCCGCUUCCCCAGCCCGGGGCAGGUGAUCUUCGGGGGCGUCGAGGUGGGCCGCGCCGCCCCGGGGCCCCCGCCGCCGCUCGCCCUGCCGCCCCCGGCGCCCGCCGACCAUCGGGACCGCGGCGACCACGAGCACCUGCCCAAGGGCAAGCCGCCGCGCCCGGCGCAGCCGCUGGUGGAAGGGGACGCGGUGGCGUUCGGCGAGGCGCAGCUCACCAAGAUGAACCCGCCCCCGCCCUACCCCGGCACCAUCCCCGCGGCGCUGACGGCAGCCCCGCCGCCGCCGCCGGCCGGCCCCCCGCAGCCGCCCGUGGACCUCUGCCUGAAAAAGGGAGAGUUUUCCCUUUACCCGGCCGGACACUAUCAGACGCCGCUUGGGUACGAGCGCAUCACCACCUUCGACAGCAGCGGGAACGUGGAGGAGGUGUGCCGGCCUCGCACCAGGAUGCUCUGCGCUCAGAACACCUACACCCUGCCGGGGCCCGGCAGCUCGGCCACGCUGCGGAUUACAGCCACCGAGAAGAAGAUUCAGCAGGCCUGUUCGAGCGCAACCCUGAACAGGCUCACCGUCCCUCGCUACUCCAUCCCGACUGGGGAUCCGCCACCUUACCCCGAAAUAGCCAGCCAGCUGUCGCAGGGCCGGAGCAUCAUGCAAAGGCUGGACAGCACUAUUAUUCAUGCUACUCUGCGGAGGAACAGCAGAGAGGCAGCUCUGAAAAUGGCUCAGCUGGUUGACAGUCAACGAGCCACUUUGCAGCUUCCCCCAAAAGCCAAGAGCAAUGUUGUAACAGCGCAGUACCAGCAGAGAGCACCCACAGCUUUGUACACCUGCAGCCAGUGCAGCAGCAGUAGCAGCAGUGGCAAUGGCAGCAACAACGCAAGCACCGGUGGUUUGGGGAAUAUAGCUAAUGCCAAUGCCUGUAGCAGCACUUCCAGUAUUAGUGGUCUGAGACCUGACCUAAGCACGGGGAAUAGUUCCCAGCACAGCUCUGUCAUUGCUCACUCUGUCAGUACUUCGCCUCUGGCCUCCCAAUCUUCCUACAGCUUGCUGAGCCCACCUGACAAUUCCCGCGACCGGGCAGAUUAUAUCAACUCUGCCUUCACAGAGGAUGAGGCCCUUUCUCAGCACUGCCCAGUGGAGAAAUCAAUACGGCAUGUCCCAAUGACCUUGACAGAGGGUGCCAUUGGUGUAAAACGGCCACCACCAUACCAGUGGGACCCCAUGGUGAGCGAAGAGAUAUGGGUUCCUCAGGAAAGGACAUCUCAGAACUCAGUGCCCAACCCUCUAAAACCUACUCCUCUUAUCAUUAGUCAGACUCAGCAUUUGGAUAUGUCUCGAGUGCCAUUCGUUUCCCCUAAGUCUCCAACCAGUCCCACUGCCACGUUCCAAACAAGUUAUGGGGUUGGAGUAUCUUAUCCGGGAAGCUACAAUGCCCCCCCCCUUCAGGGAAUGCAGCCCCCUUGCUCCCCCAAAGAAGCUCUGGCACCAACACAGUUUGCACAGCAGGAGCCAACAGUAGUGCUUCAGCCAGGUUAUCCAUCCAACCUCUCCUAUUGCCCUUUGCCACCCAUGUAUCCAGGAAGUAGCACUUGCUCUAGUUUACAGCUGCCACCGAUAGCAUUGCACCCGUGGAGCUCCUACAAUGCAUGCCCACCUGUACCUAAUCCCCAAGGCGCUUUGCCCCCAAAGCCUCUCCUUGUGGUGGAGAAGCCAGUUUUGUCUCCCCCACCAGCAGAGCUUCAGGGUCACGUGGGCACAGAGGUAAUGGUGGAAACAGCAGACACCUUUCAGGAGGUGCUCUCCUUAACAGAAAGCCCUGUUCCUCAAAGGACGGACAAAUUUGGCAAGAAGAAUCGGAAGCGUCUGGAUAGCCGAGCUGAGGAAGGAAAUGUACAAGCUAUCACUGAGGGUAAGGUCAAAAAGGAGGCAAGGACGCUAACUGACUUCAAUUCACUAAUAUCCAGUCCUAGGCUGGGGAGGGAGAAGAAGAAAGUCAAGAGCCAGAAAGACCAGCUGAAGUCCAAGAAGCUAAACAAGACAAAUGAGUUUCAAGAUAGUUCAGAGAGUGAGCCAGAGCUUUUUAUUAGUGGGGAUGAACUGAUGAACCAGAGUCAGGGCAGCAAAAAGGGAUGGAAAACCAAAAGAAAUUUGAGGACAGCCAGCGAGCUGGAUGAGUUCAAGUGCCGGAAGGCCAAUGAAAAGGAGGACGGACGACUGGGGAGCCAGGGCUUCGUGUAUGUGAUGGCCAACAAGCAACCUUUGUGGAACGAGGCAACGCAAGUGUAUCAGCUGGACUUUGGAGGGCGAGUGACCCAGGAGUCUGCAAAAAACUUCCAAAUUGAGCUGGAAGGACGACAGGUGAUGCAGUUUGGAAGAAUUGAUGGCAAUGCUUACAUUUUGGACUUUCAGUAUCCAUUUUCUGCAGUGCAAGCCUUUGCUGUUGCUCUGGCUAAUGUGACUCAACGCCUCAAAUGAACAAGCAGAGACUGGAGAGUGGAAAAUGUUAACAAAACCUUCUCAUAAAGUCCAAACCGGAAAAUGUUAGGGCAGCCUGCUUUAGGUGCGCAGAGGUGCCUGGGAACGAAGAAGGCAGUAAAACUGGAAAAGUCUCUUGGUGCCCAAAACAAGGGCAUUAACUCUAAUCAGUCAUGGGGUGGAGGGUGGGGGGAAUAUUUUCUGUUUUGUUUGUUCAUUCUUAUUUUCUUUCUUUUUUUUUUAUGUUGUAUUGGGUUUCAGAAAGAGUGAAGGGUUGAGAGCCAUUCAGUGUUAUAUGGAGAAGUGUGGCUUUUGGCUUGUUGUGGUGAUUCUGCUGUGUUUGCUACAAUAGCUCAUGUAAGCUCAUAGGGGGAUUAAAAAGACUGCUCUUUUUUAUAGACUGCCUUAUAUCAUGCUGUUCUUUUUAAAACAGGGAACAUAACUUUUUUUCUGGUCCGGUUUGUACUACUACCACUACUACUGCUACUACUAUUACUACUACUACAUCAUUGAUAGCAGCAAAAAAAAAGAAAAAAAAAAAAGAAGCUAUAAUACUUGAAGACACAUGUUUCUUCUCUGAUCUCUGAUAAUAACUGAGCACCACAGGUACCAAGGAGGCUUAUGUAGGUCAAUGUUAAAUUUAUAAAUAAUGAUGUAUUAUUCAGAGCAUAAGCAAAACUGUUACCAUUGGGUGAUUUCAAAACCCACUGUAUCAAAGAAGUUGAUGUCUGCUUGUUUUGUGUGCUGUUAUUGGGGAUAAACAUGUUUUAGUAGGUGACAGAAAAUAGGGAAAGAAAGACUCGUGGGCCUUACUUCUUUGCUCGUAUUGAUCAGCAGUACUUUUUGAUUUGGACUAUAGUUGGGUGAGGUAUGUUGUGAUCAGGUGUACCUCACAGGCCAGGCCAAUACACCUUCCUCUUUUAAACGUGUUUACAUUUUUGAAACAACAGGGCCUAGUGUGUUCAGUCUUCUUAGGAAUCAAUAGGAAUCAAGUUCCACAACAUUAUAUCAGUGCUUGAAUGGGGAAGGAGACAAGAGUAUAGCAGGUCAUUACAAGAAGCAGUUUCGCAUCAUGACUGACUGGGAGAAAAACUGAGUUAAAAGAAGAAGGAAAAAACAAACAGAAUCAUCAUUUUUAUCACCUUGCUACUUGAGUACUCUAUUUGUGAUUGUAAUUUGAGAAUAUAACACUCCAGAUAAGAGUGGGAAGCCAAAGUUUAAAUGGGGGAGGACUUUUUUAACAGUAGCAUGACUGUUUCUGUCUGCAGAUUUUUCUAGUAGACAUCCUGACCUCUUGAGCAUUUCAGAAGGGUUGCUUGUAUAGAAGAGUGUUUACGUUGUCCAUUUAAUGUGCACAUAUUUAUUUGCUUUCUCUCUUCUUGCCUGCAUUUUGCUGUAAAAUAUGUUUUAAUAUGGAAGUAGUUUCCCCAGUAAUAUACAAAAACCUUAAUUUUUCAUGUUGCUAUUUGGACAUCAGAUUACAAAAUAUAAUUGCAGAUUUCCUUCAGAAAUUACUCCUUUGAAGUGCUAGCACACUGUUGAUAAGGAAAUGAUGGUUGAGGUAUCAGUGGCUGCUUUGCCUUUGCUUUUCAUCCACAGUUUAACUUUUUACUAGAAAAAAACUUCUAUAACUUAAAAUAGAUAGGUAUGAUUUUCUACCCUUUUUUUUUUUAAUCGUAACAGUAAGGCAAAUGUGUUGCAAUUGAUUCGUUCUAGAGGAACACAUCACAUACAACAGGACCCGCUGUAGUAGAGGUUACCAAAAGGUAGUGUGCUAAUAACUUCUGCCUCACCUGAAAGCUGUACAGUGCAGAGGGAAUAAUGCUCGUCAGAGAGGAGUUUCAAGGAGUUACCAAGAGGGAUGAUGAGGCAGGUUGUCUACAGGCAACUUCCAGCAAUGUGAGUCCAGAAAGAACCAUCUGCAAGAUGGUUUCUUUGGAGAAUGGGAGUAAAGGCAGGAAGGAAGGAGGGCAGGAGGUAGAUGGUAGAAUGCCUCUAUUAUCCCACUUCAGCAGCUUCUGGUCGUAUGUGGAAGUGGUCAGGCACCGCAUCCCCCCUUGGCAUUUAACAGAUUACUGUUUGCUUUUGUUAAUUAAUUUUGUUGAAUUUCUUCAGUUAUUUGAGCCCAUUUGUGUUCCUUCUCACACGUCUAUUCAGUAGUUUAUGACUGACUUUAUACUGUGUGGGGGACAAAGGAUCUCAAAUGGAUUUGGUCCUGUUCUCUUUAAAAUGAAUAGGAAUUUCUGCCUUUGAUUCGUGUAGAAGAAGCAGUAUUGAGCCCUUUGUCUAUACGGAGUUAUGUGCUAUGCAGAACAGUAAGUUGAAUUCUUAUUCCACUGAUUUCAACACCCAUGGAGGAAAUUUGCUUGAUUAGAGUCCUUCCCUGCCUAAAGGUCCAUGCUGACCAGUUGUACCCUGGUCAGAGUAUAACAGGCAUAUACUGAACACCAUAAGACCAGAAACGUAUUGUGGAUUUGUUUCUUUCUGAAACAAGGGCCAUUCGGAUAUUAGAAACCUUCAGCAGGAAGGAACACAUUGCCUGUAGUUUUAAGCCAAAAAUCGCUAUUUCAUGAAACAGGGUCCUCUACAUGUAUGUUUUUCUGAACUAAUGCAAAUAGAAGGACUUUGAUGUGCAGGUUUUUUAACCUUCCAGGGAACAGUGUACCUCUUCAAUCGGUUCAUAACCAAAUUUUUCCAUUUAUCAGCAGUUUUAUGCUAAUGUAGGAGAACCACAAAAUGAAACUGGAUAUAACAAAUAGCAGAAUUAAUAAUUUGGUUUCAUUGGCCUGGGUCAUGAUUGCAUUGUUCUGGUGGUGUUUACAAGGAACCCUGGUGUAGGGUCUCUGCCCCAAGAAAACGCAAGUGAUAAGUAUCAUAAAUAAAUGUCAUUUUCAACAUCCUUCUCAUUUACUUGUCAGGAAAUAUUAUGGGUAAAAUAUUCUAUUUGGAAAUAUAUUGACAGAGUCCCUUUACUUGAAGAUUUUAGUGACAUAGAGAAUAUCCAGUAUUAGAGGUUACUUUAAUCUCAAAUAUGUAGAAUUGUAAUGAAAGUAGUGGGAAUUAUGUCGAUGACUGAGAGUGGAACUGGAUCCUAAAUUAUACAAAAGUGAGUGACAGUUCUUUUAUUUUUGAUUGAGAUAAAAUAUGAGAAAAAACUUUUAAAGCCCUCCCCAAAGUAGUAUCACUUAAAUCCUAAAAAUUACUGUUGCGUUCAGCCAAAACAAAAAUCUUACAUUUUAUAGUUAAGUAGAAAAACACAAGUUUUCUGUAGAUAGAUAACUGAGUUCUUCUAGGAAGAAUGUAGCAGAGUGUUCAGAAAUAUAUAAUUCUUUAUAUACAGUAAUUUCCAAUAGUUAAAUUUGAGUUUCCAAAGCUUUUUUUUUUAUUUUUCAGUUGUGCAAUAAUUGUGACAGUCUAGGGGUUUUAUGGGUUUUUUGUUGUUUGUUUUUUGAGGGAGUUUUGAGUGAUUUUUUAAAAUAUAAUUUAAUGCAGAUUUCCUGUUGAUGUCCAAGAGACAAAUUAUUUAUCUUGCUUAAUGUAAUAAGUGACUUAGGGAUUAUUUUAUUACUAUGUGUCAGUGACUUAAACACACUUUCUUAUUUAUAUUUAAAGAGCAUCUUUGUAAGCAAUUGUUUCUAGCAGUAUGUUUUGCUGCAAGAACUUAAGAAUGCAUAUAGAAAGACUUGUUUUUUGCUGGAUAGUAUGCAGAAUUUCAUAAUGCAGGCAGUCAAAAAUACUGGCCGCUGAAAGCAGUGAGUUUGCUAUGGAGGAUUGUGUAGAUUACAGAGAGUGUAGAUGACCUCUUUGGGACCUGCAGAAAUCUGUCUUUCCUUACUCUGUAUUUUCCUCCUGUGUUUCUAGCUAUAUAUUUCAGUUGGAGGCGGUUUUAAAAAUACAAAGCUUGAUUUGCUUUCCCUCUUUUUCAAGUGUGUUCUCUUGAGAUAGGAAAGAGAGUAUACGAUAGACUCAGUUUGUAAGAAGCUCAUUGUAUAAUUUUGUAGGGCAUUUAGUAAUGGCAAGAUGCAAUGUUAGAGAUACCCAAACCAGCUUGGGAUGAGCUAGCUGAGGCCCUAGGAACUGUAGAUAGCUGUAGAUGCCCUGUGCUCUGCUCAGACACACCUUUCUCAGCGAGGCUCAGCUGGUUCUGACAACAACGCUUCUGAUACCCGAGCUAGCGCUGCGCAGAGCUGUGUGGCUACGCCCCGACAUUGCUUGCAGCAGCUUAGUCACUUUGAGGUCUUCCGUCAGAGACCUGGUGGAGCACUUCGCCGCCGUUGCUUCUGGUCCUGCUCUAUGAGUGGCAGGCAGUUGCUGUAAGGUUUGGCUGUGACAGCUCCAGUGCCAACUGGUGUCCAUCAUGGCUGUUUGCAGGCAGAAUCUGCUCCACUGAAAUUGUGGAAGGACCCAGAGGAGAACCUGAUCAAUUUGAAAAUAUGUCUGGUAUCCUCAAAAUACAGCUCCUAAGGGAGUCUAGAAAUUGAUACUUCAAGCCUUGUGUAAAGUGGACUAUGCAUAGAGUGGUGAAUUUUAUCUUGGGACAGCAGAAUUGUUCAGUAGGAAUAUCAUGUUUCUGCAAUGUUAGAAGAAACUAUAGGAGGGUGGAGGCUCAAAGAGGGGGUGGAAGAGGGAAAAGAGAAUUGCCACGUUAAGAAUUUUGCACUCAGUUCUAGAUGUAGCAGUAACAUGCCAUGACCAGCCUGAGUAUCAGUUUUAUGAUAGUAGAUCUGCACACAAGCUCAUCUCAGUUACACUUUCUGCGAUACAAAAGCAGUAAAAUAGUUCCAUAUUUCUCCAGUUUUUUUCUAUGUUUUUAUGAAGAUGUAUAAAGGUAUCAGACAAAGGUAUCCAAUUUUGUUGAAGCCUUCAGUCUGGACUCUCCGUAGGUCCAGACUUCCCUUAAAGUGUCUUUAGUGUCCUCUCAGAAAUUUCCAGAAAGCUCCAAUUUGUGAGCUUGCCUGGUCAUUGCCUCAGACAACUUCUAUGUGUUUGUUUUUUGCAGCCUCAUACGAGUGAUCCUAUGUUAUCCUGGGGCCCUCUUGUCUGUCAGCAACAGUUUAAAUCCUCACCUGAAGGAAGGAACAUGUACUAAAGCUGAUUUGAUUGAAAAGAGAAAGAGAGACUAAGUUUUUUACUAGUUUUUAAAAAUGUGUUUGCCAGAGCAACAGUUAGUAGCACUGUUUGGAAAUGGCACAUUUCUGCAGAGCCCAGAUCACUCCGGACAAGCAAACCUAUCAUGUAGAUCAGUCACAGACAAGUCAUUGUGUGGCAUGCUGGCAAAGGGCCAAGUUCCAGCCUCGUCAUAUGGUUGCAUCAAGAUAUCUGAGAGAAUAGAAUCUGACCCAAAAUACGCCUUCCCCUUACUGUAUGAUUUUAAAGUAAGAAUGAUUUGAAUGACUCCUGCCACCCACAUAAGAAAACUUAAAAGCAUUAGCCUAAAACUAUUUUGACAGUUCCUGCCUCUCCCCACCCCCUAAGAAUGCUAGAAGUAAAAUCCUGGACACAAGUUAGUCAUUCAAAAUUUUGCCAUUUUCCCCAUUUCUAGGAUUCCAUUACAGGAGAGCAAGUAUUUAUGUUAUUUGAGGUUAAUACCAUGAUUUUUUCCGAUGUAAGAGAUAAAAUACUAUUAUACCGUUGAAAAAAAAAAAAAUACUGGCAGAUGGAUUUUUCUGCUUUGUAGUCCCUUCGCCUCCAAGACAAGCACAAUCCUCCAUCAGCAAAUACCGAUUUAGAAUCUUACUAAUUUAAGUAGUCUGCAGGAAUGCACUGCAGGCCCUCUUGCAGGAUUGGAACUUACAUGCAUCAUUCUGGAAAGAGUAAAGUUAAUUACCAUUUAUGAACAAUGGUCUAAAUGAAUGAUUUGAUUAUCAUAUAUAUUUAAUUUUCUUCCAGAAAUCCUGCAGAGAAGUGUUAAGAUUAAAAGACUCUAAGCUUUACAUGUUGCCUGUGAUCUCUGAAGAUGUAUCAAGAGAAAAUUUCUUUGGGCUGUUUGUUUUUUGCUGUAUUUAGAAAUAAGAUUUUUAAGACAAAAGCAAUUAACCAAAUAAAGAGAACAGAGGAUUCAGUGAAGCAAUUCUUCUUAGGAAAAUUAAACCCCACAUUUUUCAACUUCUGCUGUUGCAAAUGGACCCAUAAUGAGAAAUUGCUGCUCCAGGGUGAAAUGAUUGUUAUGGAGCACUCUGCAGUACACAGGUUUGCGGAUACAGAAUUGAUUGCGGGAUCAAAACAGCCUGACUGUGUAAGAUUAAAAAAUAAAUGAAAGCACCAAAUACUUACCUAUCCAGAGUGUGCAAUGAAAAGAUUGUAUGGUAUAAUAUUAAAGCCUGCCUCUUUGAUCCUAAUUCUUGCUCUCCAAUUUACAUUACUAUAAAUUUAAAAAUAAAAUCUGCUGCAGCAGUUCUGAAUCCUGAUAAAUGUUUUCUAUUUGUGGGAUGUCUAUCUUAGUGGCCAAGUAGAUGGUUGGUUCUGAUAAUAUGGAUUAAAAUUAAAAUAAUAAUAAAAGCAAAACAUUUUAACAGUGUGCAUACAUCUGAGUUUCUAGUAUUUCAUGAGAAUCUUUCUCAGCUUGUAAUUCCCACCUAUGUUGUUCCACCUGUUUGUUCAGAACUUUAUAAUUUUCCUUCAGUUCUUUUGUUUGUUUGAUAUAUGUUUUGCCUUUAGGUUUUUUUUCUUUCCCACAAUUUCUGCAUUUUUUUCUCUUCCCUUUUCCUUUUUGUGUUGUGUGUGUUUGGGGGAGGGUAUGUGUGUUUAAGAUCUUGUUGUUUAUUGUGGAUAAAAUAUAUAGUGUUGUGGAAUAGCAUGGAGAUGCAUUUGAUUGAAAAGGCACUGUAGUGUUUCCUGAAAAAGUAGGGGAGUUGCAUUUGUUUAUAAAUGCAUUAUUUAGGUACUAUAACUAUGAACAUGAUUUUGGAUUUGUUUUUAUUUUAUUUUAUUUAGUGAGCAUGUAGUCAUGCAGGUGCGUGCAUUCUUAAGCUAGCAAGCCCAGCAUGGGGUUUUUUUAAGCCUUUUGAAAACUUGGUAGACCAUUUGUGUACUUUUACACAACUACACUGUUUUUUAAAUAUAUUUUGGGGAAUCUCACUUUCUUCUCUCUCUCUCUUUUUUUUUUUCUCCUCAAUAUACCAUCCAGAACCUAGUUUCCAUUGUACUUAAAAACUUACCCUGUUCUGCCUCUCCUUUUAUGUAUCUUGUGUAAUAGAUUUUGCAGGAGGUGCCUAGAAAGCAUUGUUGGUUUCCCUAUAAUAAUGUGGUUUGUCCAGAUUCUUUACUGUCUACAUGAUUGAGAGAUGGACUGAUUGCCCUAUUUUUCCUUGAUGAUUUGGAAUUGUAAGAAUUGUCCAGCUGUUGCUUAAUAAAAUUUUGCAGACUAGAAAA